AUGGGUGACACGCUGGAGAAGAGCUCUGAGGAGCCCGCGCUCGCUUUGGACAAUGAGUGUUCGACGAAAAUGGGGGACCUGGUGGAAGUCUCGAAUGGUGAAAAGGUCAAGUUUGACGAUACAGGACUCUCCCUGGUGCUCCAGAACGGCCUGGAGAACCUUCGGCUUGAAAACUCCCUCACAGACGUCAUUCUGUGUGUGGACAGCAGGGAAUUCUCUUGUCACCGAGUGGUCCUUGCCGCAGCAAGCAAUUAUUUCAGGGCCAUGUUCUGUAAUGAUUUAAGAGAGAAAUACGAAGAGAAGAUUAUACUUAAAGGAGUUGACGCAGAAACCAUGAAUAUACUCUUGGACUAUACUUACACCAGCAAGAUGCUCAUCACAAAGCAAAAUGUACAGAAAGUUUUGGAAGCCGCCAGCCUCUUUCAGUUCCUUCGCAUGGUAGAUGCUUGUGCCAGUUUUCUCACCGAAGCCCUUCAGCCAGACAACUGCGUCGGCAUCCUGAGGCUGGCUGAUGCCCACUCCCUGAGCAGCCUGAAACAACAAGUGCAGAACUACAUUAUCCAGAAUUUCACCCAGGUCCUGCACUACGAGGAGUUCCUGGAGCUCCCAGCCGAUGUUCUCUGCAGCACACUGAAGAGUGACGACCUUUAUGUCACAGAAGAAGCACAGGUGUUUGAAACCGUAAUGAGCUGGGUACGUUACAAGGAGUCGGAAAGGUUUCCUCUCUUGCCCUAUGUGCUGGAGAAUGUCCGUCUGCCCCUUUUGGACCCCUGGUAUUUUGUAGAGACUGUUGAAGCUGAUCAACUCAUUAGACAGUGUCCAGACGUCUUUCCUUUGCUCCAGGAAGCAAGAAUGUACCAUCUGUCAGGCAAUGAGAUUAUUACAGAGAGAACCAAGCCCAGGAUGCACGAGUUCCAGUCUGAGGUGUUUAUGAUCAUAGGGGGCUGUACUAAAGAUGAGAAAUUUGUAGCAGAAGUGACUUGCCUGGAUCCGUUGAGGCGAAGCCGCCUGGAAGUAGCCAAAUUACCAAUCACAGAGCAGGAGACGGAGAAUGAGAAUAAAAAAUGGGUGGAGUUUGCAUGCAUUACGCUAAAAAAUGAAGUCUACAUAUCGGGUGGCAAAGAAACACAGCAUGAUGUCUGGAAAUACAACGCCUCCAUCAACAAAUGGAUACAAAUCGAGUAUCUGAAUAUUGGGCGGUGGAGGCACAAAAUGGCUGUGUUGGGUGGCAAAGUGUAUGCCAUUGGAGGGUUUGAUGGCCUGCAGAGAAUCAACAGCAUGGAAGCAUACGAUCCAUUUCAUAACUGCUGGUCAGAGGCUGCUCCUCUCAUGGUCAAUGUAAGCUCCUUUGCAGCAGCGAGCUACAAGAAGAAGCUCUAUGUGAUCGGAGGAGGACCCAACGGGAAGCUGGCGACAGACAAGACUCAGUGCUAUGACCCUGCAAACAACACGUGGAGCCUGAAAGCUCCCAUGCCAGUAGAAGCCAAAUGCAUCAAUGCUGCAAGUUUCCGUGAUCACAUUUAUGUUGUGGGUGGGGCGAUGAAAGCACUCUACUCGUACAGCCCCCAGGAAGAUACGUGGUGCCUCGUGACUCAGUUCACCCAUGAGAGAGCCAGUUGUGGGAUUUCUCCUUGCAACAACAAGCUGUUUAUCACCGGGGGCCGAGAUGAAAAGAACGAAGUUAUUGCAACAGUGCUGUGCUGGGACCCUGAAACUCAGAAGCUGACUGAAGAGUGUGUCCUGCCUCGGGGGGUGUCUCAUCACGGGAGCGUUACCCUCAGGAAGUCUUACACACACAUCCGUAGGAUUGUGCCCGGGGCAGUUUCUGUCUGA